AUGAAAAUUCAUAACGCAUAUAAUUGGAUAUCAAAUUCAUGUAGGACGCUAUCAGGCAGUUUAAACAAUCUAACCUCUCGGUACCAUUAUUCCAGCCAAUCAAACAACACUUUAAAACCGGAAGUGCCUCAAUUGCCGAAGUCAGCACGGGUUGUUAUUGGUGGUGGAGGUAUUAGUGGACCCAGUAUAGCAUAUCAUUUAUCAGAACGAGGCUGGAACGACAUUGUGUUACUAGAACAGGGAAGAUUAACAUGUGGUACGACAUGGCACUCGGUUGGUUUAUGUGGACAACUUCGCAGUGAUCUAACAGAAAUGAAGAUAACAUGUUAUGGUAGAGAUUUAUAUAAAAAAUUUGAAGAGGAAGGCCAUGGGAUCGGUUGGAAGGACAGUGGUAGUAUCAGUUUAGCUAGAACUAAAGAUAGAAUGACAGAUUUUAAAAGGAAACAUGCUAUGACCAGUGCCAGUGGGUUCGAAACUCAUUUAUUGACGCCGAGAGAAAUUCAAGAAAAAUGUCCCGUGAUCAGAACAGACGAUUUACAGGGAGGUAUUUGGAUUCCAACUGAUGGAACAGUUACUGCCCCUGAUGUUACUAUGGUUUUCUCUAAGCUAGCAAAGAAAAAUGGAGCCAAGUUUAUGGAAGGUGUAAAAGUGGAGAAGAUUUUAACUAAAAAUGAUCGAGUGACUGGGGUAGAAACUUCGGCUGGCAAUAUUGAUUGUGAAUACUUUGUUAACUGUGGCGGGUUGUGGGCGAGAGAGAUGGGAAUAAAGAGCACGCCCAAUGUAUCCUUGCCCCUACACUCCUGUGAACAUUUUUACGUGGUCACCAAACCAUUGAAAGAAGUGGAGAGGUUGAUGCCAGUAAUCAGAGAUCAUGAUGGUUAUAUAUGUAUACGAGAAUGGAACGGCGGCCUGUGUAUUGGGGGAUUCGAACCCAACCCCAAACCUUGUUUCCAUACCGGUGUUCCUGAUAAAUUUGAGUUCCAACUCUUACCAGAAGAUUGGGAUCAGUUUCAGGUUCUAAUGGAUGAAUGUCUCCUUCGUGUACCAAUCAUGCAGAAAGCUGAAAUUCGACAACUUGUGAACGGUCCGGAAAGUUUUACGCCUGACUCUAAUUGGUUGCUAGGGGAAACACCAGAGAUUAGUAAUUAUUACGUGGCUGCGGGAAUGAAUUCAAGGGGAAUAAUCAGUAGUGGUGGUGUUGGUAAAUAUAUGGCUGAGUGGAUUAUUGAUGGUAGACCCAGUAUAAAUCUCUGGAAAUACGAUGUCCGUAGAUUCACCAAACAGCAUAAUGAUAACAGCUUCUUAAAAGACAGGAUUUGUGAAGUAUUGGGCAAAAUGUUCAGUUUGAAUUACCCUCAGACAGAACAAUCUACUGGUAGAAAACUCCAGACCACACCGUUACAUGAUGUCUUACAGAUAUCAGGGGCUGUUUUUGGUCAGACCAUGGCAUUUGAACAACCCCUGUGGUUUGAUAGCAGUCGUGAUAAAGCAGAUCUAUAUAUUCAUAAAGGAUCGUUUGGUAAACCAGUGUGGUUUGAUUCAGUACAACAUGAAUACAGGGUUUGUAAAGAUGCUGUAGGACUGGUUGAUGUAUCAGCUCAAACCAAACUAGAAAUUAGGUCUGCUGGAAACGAAGCUCUGGAAUAUCUUCAGUAUCUUUGUAGUAAUAAUAUAGAUUUAGAAAAAGGAACCAUUAUUCAUACUGGUAUGCAGAAUGAACAGGGUGGUUUUGAGAAUGACUGCAGUAUUGCCAGAUUAGGGAACAAUAAUUUCUUCAUGAUUUGUCCUGCAACUCAAAAGACUCGAGCAUUGUCAUGGUUACGACGACAUUUACCAGCAGACGGCUCUGUUCAAGUCAGUGACGUCACGUCCAUGUAUUCUGGUAUUAAAUUGAUUGGACCACACGCUCAAGCUCUUCUGGAUGACGUCACUGAUGUAUCAACACAGAAAAAAGAUUUUGAAGUCAUGACCUGCAGAUUUAUAGAUGUGGGUAAUGCUAGUGGUAUUCGAGCCAUGAGACUGACACAUGCUGGAGAAGAUGGUUUUAUUCUCUAUAUCCCAUCUGAGUAUGCUCUCCAUGUUUAUGACACACUGAUGACUGCAGGAACUGAUUACGGUAUACGUAACGCAGGAUAUUACGCUAUUCGUCAUCUUAGAGUUGAAAAAUCGUUCGCUUACUGGGGUCUUGAUUUAGAUGAACAUACUACUCCAUUAGAAUGUGGUCGAGAAUUUAGAGUUAAAUUUGGUGUGAAUUUCAUCGGUAAGGAAGCUCUUCAGAAACAGAGGAAGGAAGGAGUGAGUCGAAAGUUCGCUCAGUUUAUGUUGGAAGAUUUCGAUGUUGAUACGGAUAUUUGGCCGUGGGGUGGGGAACCUAUUUAUAGAAACGGUGUAAAAGUUGGUAGCACUGCAACGUGUGGAUAUGGAUUCACGCUAGAACGAAUGGUUUGUUUAGGAUUUGUCAGUGACCUUGAUCAAAACGGAAAUCCCAAAAUCAAUCCUCAGAUUAACGAUUAUGUGAUGGAUAAAGAAGCAGUGUAUGAGAUAGAUAUUAGUGGAAAACGAUUUAAGGCCAAACCUGGUAUACAUACUCCCAAACUUGCUCUUUCUAGUGUCGACCCUUCAUUACUAGCAUUCAUACAAAAAGAUACUUAG